CAGCAUGCCCGGGUUCUUCCCAGCUCUGGAAAAGAAAACUCCAGUCCCUGCCUGGGACGUGCUGCAGCCCGGGUUGGUAUCUACGGGCACAGGAAGACGACAGAGCAGCAGCAAUCAAAGGCCCUGCAGCUUGUGGCAAGAUGUUUCUGCUGCUCUUGCUGCGCCUGCCGACACCAGCCCCUGCAGGGGAGACGCCAGGCUGCAGAAUAAUGUCUGUGUUUCACUCCGGAUCAUCCCAUCCUCUUGGGGGACGGGAAAGGGAAAUGACUGCAGUAGCGGCGGCUCAGGAGCCAGUGACCUUCGAAGAGGUGGCUGUGUAUUUCACCGAGGAAGAAUGGGCUCUCCUGGACCCGAGUCAGAGAGCUCUGUACAGGGACGUCAUGCAGGAGAAUUAUGAUAAUGUGACCUCGCUGGGAUUUCCGAUUCCCAAACCUGAAGUGAUCUCCCAGCUGGAACGGGGAGAAGAGCCAUGGCUCACAGAUCUCCAGGGCUCAGAGGAAAGGGGAAUCCUGAGAUAUAGCCAUGCAGCUGAUGGGAUCAAGAAUGAGCAUGAAGAGUUGAAUCCUCAGCUGGGAGGUCCUGAGCAAGUGGAACAUCAUGGGACACUAUUAGGAAGAUCCAAAGGAAACAUCUGUUGGAGUAUUGGGCAAGGAAAAACCUGUGAGAGUCAGUGUAGCAAAGAGAGGCCGCUGGGAAACCAGCCGGUGAAGAAAGUGGAUAAAUCCACGAAUUGUGGGAGAGGUCUGAAGCACCUCAAGAAAACCAGAGUCCAGAGGAUCCACAUGGGAGAGAGACCAAGCACAUGCAGUGAAUGUGGGAAAAGCUUCAGUAGUCAUUCACACCUUCUUAUACAUCAAAGAAUCCAUACAGGAGAAAAGCCCUAUAAAUGCCCCCAGUGUGGGAAGAGCUUCAACCAGAGCCCAAACCUUGUUACACAUCUAAGAAUCCACACUGGAGAGCGGCCCUAUAAAUGCCAGGAAUGUGGUAAAAGCUUCACUGCAAACUCCACCUUUAUUAAACACCAGAGAAUCCACACAGGAGAAAAACCCUAUAAAUGCCCCGACUGCGGGAGAAGCUUCAAUCAGAGCUCAGACCUUAUUAGACAUCAGAGACUCCAUACAGGAGAGAAGCCCUUUAGCUGCCCCGACUGUGGGAAAAGAUCCAGUGACAGCUCAGCCCUUAUUGUACAUCAGAGAAUCCACACGGGAGAGAGACCCUAUCGAUGCCCUGUCUGUGGAAAAGGCUUCACUUGCUCUUCACACCUGAUAACACAUCAGAGAACCCACACGGGAGAAAAACCAUAUAAAUGUCCUUACUGUAGGCAAAGGUGUCGUGUAAAAUCAGCCCUUAUUAUACACCAGAGAAUCCACACAGGAGAGAGACCCUAUAAGUGCCCUGACUGUGGGAAAACCUUCAGCAGCCGUUCACAUCUUAAUUCUCAUCAGAGAAUCCACAAGAGAGAAAUGCCUUGUAAAAACCCUGGGUGUGGGAAAAGCUGCACAGAAAGUUCACCCCUUAUUAUGCAUUAGGAGGAGAACUGAAUAAUUGCCCUGACUAAGUCUAGCUAAGAACUUGACUAUGCCUGAAAUAUAUUUUGGAUUAUGUUUGUCCACUUCAAUCCAGAAUAACUAUUCUGAAAGCAGUACUAUAACACUGCUUUGUUAUGCCAAUUUAAGCUCCUCCCCUUUUGAAUAAUUGAAUCUACACAGUGCUGAUUUCUGGGCAGAUGUACCAUGCUACUAUGUUCUGCCACUUGACUCUGGGUAUUCUGGGAUUUUCUCCUGGUGCAUUGUGGAAUAGCUACCCAAAGCCACUGGAAUUCUGGGAUUUGGGGUCAAACUAACACAUUCCAGGAUUAUUCUCGUGUCAUCCCAUCAUUCAUCUGGCUUUUGUGAGCCAGCACCAUUUUCAAGCCUCUGGCAGGCAGCAUGACGAGAACAUGUGACCCUGACGGCCAUUAACAUGAACAGGUCGAUGCACAGGUGUUAGCAGUCAGGCAGCUGGAUGGGUGGCUGCGGAUGCCUUGAGAGACGGCCAUGGUCGUGCUGCACCAAUAUGGGUGACGCAAAUAGAAGAUGAGGAGGACGAAAGCGAGCAGUUACUUCUGCGAGACCAUUUUCUGGAACAUUUCCUCAGUAGACGCUUUCCUCCGGGCUUGCCCAGCAAGCAGUAACUUGUGGGAGAGGGUAGUCGUGCAGACCGAGGAUGACCAGCAAUGGUGGCAGAACUUCAGAAUGACAAAGGCCAUGUACCUUGAAAACUGUGCAGAGCUGGCCCAUGAGCAGAAGUGGGCAGGGCACUGACUGGAGAGUUCCCUUUGGCAUGAAGUGUUGUGGUCUUCAGUAUCUGGAAGCUUGCUAAUCUCCCAAUGGCUUCUGGGCAACAGCUAACCAGUUCAGUGUUGGUAAAUCAGCUAUUGGGGCUGCCAUAGAAUCAUAGAAUUGUAGGACUGGAAGGGACCUCAAGAGGUCAUCUAGCCCAGUCUGCUGCACUCACAGCAGGACUAAGUAUUAUCUAGCCUGUCCCUGACACUUGUUUGUCUAACCUGCUCUUAAAAACCUCCCAUGACGGCGUUUCCAUGUGCUACUAUUCAGAGGGUGCUGCUAGGCCAGGUCCUAAAGCAUGGCAGUACACAGGAAGUUAUUGAAUAAUUUGAAAGGCUGGGGCUCCUGAAUUGUUUUGGGGCCACUAAUGGUACCCAUAUGCUUAUUGUUUGCCUCCCUGUACCAGAUCUCAGAGUUUGUCAACAGAAAAGGAUAUUUGGGUACGAUGCUGCAAGGUCUGGUUGAUCACUGUGGAAAAGUUUGACCAGUAUUAAUGUGGGAUGGUCUGGAAAGUUCCACGAUGCCAGUGUUGUUCGACACUCAGGCCUUCUUUUUGGCAACGAGGCCGGAACUGGUGCCAUGUGCUGCUAUGGAUAUUCAUCAUGUGAUUCCUCCUGUCACUCUGGGAGACCCAGCUCUCCCUCUGCUUCCCUGGCUGAUGAAUCCUUUUCCUGAACACUUGGAGAGGAGAAAGGAGCUCUUUAACUUACCCCCGUAGUAGCUGUAGAAUGACAGGGGAGUGGGCAUCUGGAAGACUGAAGGGAAGGUGGAGGUGCCUUGUGACAAGGCUGGAGGCUGCUUAGCAAUAUCUGCCUCUUGUGACAGGUGCUUGCUGCAUUUCCCACAACAUCUGAUGUUGGCGAGAGGUGGAAGUAAAGAAACUCUGUGAAUGUUAUGAACAGCCAGAGAGGCUGCCUCUGCUAAAUGCCACAAUUGGUCAGGGACACAUGGUCAGGGAUGAGUUGUUCUCUUCCUUUGGGGCGAAGGGGUAGUGGGGAAAAAUGUAUGUAACUUUGUGGUAGGAUUUUAAUUUUGCUUUAUGUAGGAUUUUAUUGUGCUUUGUGUGGGAUUUUAUGAAACUUUUCAGUUGUAAAUAAAUAACAAAUAGCCGUAAAUAAAAACCUUUGUUGAAAACAGCCCGACACAAACUUUGAAACCAUAAAACUGUGGCAGACAUGCCGAAAGUGCUGAGUGCACAACUUUGUGCCGACGGGGUCAUAAAUAUGUUUGGAGAGGGCAGAACCAUUCUACAUGUCUCGUGGUGUGAGAUGGCAAAGGAAAGUCCUGUCCUGUGUAAUUGGGGAAGCAAAGGAGUGUUCCCACUGCUGAGUUCUCAAGGGGCCACAGCACAUGGCUAGGUUGGGGUGGUGGCUGUGAACUUUAGCCCCACUGUUCUCCAGCAGAGCUGUCUGCCGCUGCAUCAUCUCCAGCAUCUGUGCCUGAGUGGGCGGGUUGUCUUUGUCAAUGUGUUCUUUCAGCAGGUCCCUUUACCUCUUCCAGUCCUCGAUACCAUGGUGAAGGCAACUAUCCCUCUACUUCUCAGUCUUCUGCCUGUGCUGGGAUGCAGCCACGAAGUCACUGAGCAUUUCCUCUGUCUCUGCUCAGAUUUCCCAGAAGUUCAGCAACUGACCACACUCUUGUCCGUGGUCAAGGUGUAAGGUGGGGUGUGUGUGUGCUGAUCAACCCCACAAGUAUUGUCCCAGUUAUAGUCUCCAUGGCAACAAAGAUCAAAUGUUGCUUUUUACUCCAUUUCUGAAUACCAUUUCUGUGGGCUCCUCACAGUCAGGGGUGACCAUAGGGACGGUGAGACGUUUUCCACCUUCUAGAGCAGGGGUUCUCAACCUUUUACUUUCUGAGGCCCCCCGAACAUGCUAGAAAAACUGCAUGGUCCCCUUGUGCUACAGCACUGUGUUUCUGCAUAUAAAAGCCAGGAGCCAGCGUUAGGGGGUAGCGAGCAGGGCAGUUCCGCGUGGCCCCAUGUUACAGGGAGCCCUGCAAACCUAAGCUGCUUAGGCUUCACCUUCAGCCCCGGGUGACGGGGCUUGCGGCGGCAGGGCUCCAGCUUUCUGCCCUGGACCCCAGCGAGUCUAACACUGGUCCUGCUUGGUGGACCCUCUGAAACCUGCUUGCGGCCCUCCCAGGGGGUCUCGGACCCCUGGUUGAGAACUGCUCUUCUAUAGGACCCCAUAUCAAUCCUGGUUGUGAGCUGGGGAGGGGAUCUGGCUGGCUGGGUGUUUGGGGGGGGUGGUGGCAGAGGGGGGCUUCGUAAUUGCAUGUGCGACUCUGCAGGAGGUCCUUACGUUGGAGGACGAUCCCCUAAGGUGUGUCCCCUUAGAGGCAGAGGAGGUUGUUAUUCAAAAAGGCAAUGGAUAAACUGGGAAGUUCUGUUGCCCUGCAGUUUGCCAGGAUGGUGCCCCCACACCUGGAGCAGGAGUGGAAAGGAAACACCACUUAUAUGGGUAGCCCUGAGAAAGCUGCAUUGCCUCGCAAUGUGCUUGCAAAAAUAGAGCCCUCUCUUUGCCUUAAACUCUCUUGUAUAGCAAUUGCAGAUCAGCACAAAGUGUGCUGCAAAAUACACUUUUUGCAGUAAUUGCUCUGUACCCCAAGGGGUUAACCAUGCUGAGGGUGUGAGUCGAAAUAGCCACAAAUGCCUUAUAAUCUCUAUGCAUUUUUAAAUGACUCUGUAGCCUAAGUUGGGCAAUUUACCUAAUAUGUAACGGUAGCGAGAAGCUCAAGGCAUUGGUCCAACUGGGAGCUAAAGUACUUUUUUCUGUUGCCUUUUCUCGUUCUGUGUCUGCCACUCCAAUAAACAUGUCUGCCAUGCAA